AAAUUAGCUGAGAGCUGAUCGAGUGAGUGUUACUGUUUGUUUCGCUGUGAGUAUCCGAUCCCUUCCGUCUAGAGGCUGGUUGGUCUGUCGAGUGUUGUGCUGUGUGCUGACUUGGAAAUAACGGACGAUAUGUCUUUGCAUGGUACUAGCGGCCUGUAGCACACUACUGACACACACACGCGGGUUCCCUUGCUGGACGCCAUGUCUAUCUCUAACUCCGACUACCUCGAUAUGCUUGUCGACACUGACAGCGACAAGCGCCUCCUCGACAUUGAGCCCAUCGGAAGUUCCUGCUCAUCGCGUACCAUCACCCCGGUCAUUACCUCUACACCCUCACGACGGACACCAAACCUAAAAGGAAGCGCCAAAUUCCAGCGGAUGUCCUCUGCCGCGUCGAGCCAGAAGUCCAACCUCGAUAAAGUUGCAUUGAAGAACAUCUUGCAGAGUCGUCUGCUUAUCACGCAGGCGGACUAUGAAGAUGACGACGUGGAUAUCGACCUGAUCAGCUACAGCAACGGCCGCAUGUCCAGCGCCACUGACUAUGAGACCGACCUUGACAUGGAUUACGAGGAGUGGAUCGCGGAGGAGGAAAACACGUUGCGGGACGACUCGUCCCAGGAACAGAAGUACAUCCACACGUGCAACGAGACCGGCACCAUCCCCGUCUCGUACUUCCUGCGCCACAUCAAGGCGACCACCUUCCGGAUGCGGUACCACGGCCUCGGUCCGCUCGGGGUAAAGGCCCUCUGUACACCAUUGAAGGAGAACCACGACAUAGAAAACCUUGACCUUGAAGGCAACUGGAUCGAAAAGGAGGGGGCUGGCUACAUGGCCAACAUGAUCAGGGAAAACAUGUACAUCACCGACAUAAAUAUAGCGGAGAACCGGCUAGGCCGAGACGGGGGGGAUGCAAUAUGUGAGAGUCUCAUGAAGAACGAGAUCCUCAAGAGUCUCAACAUGUCAGGUAACAACCUGCAGGACGCAGGCGCGGAGAAGAUCUGCGCGAUGCUGCACAGAAACACCUGUCUGAAGCACCUCUACCUCAGCAACAACCACUUCGAGGAGCAAGCCGCACAUUUCUUUAAGGAGGCGCUCAGUCACAACGAAACGCUCGAGACACUGGAUCUCGGCUGGAACCACUUCCGCACCAACGGCGCAGUGGCGCUGGCGGAAGGAGUACAGGAAAACUAUGGCCUAAAGAGCCUACUGGUGUCCAUGAACGGAUUCAGCGAGGCGGGGUCGGAGGCACUGGGCCGAGCGCUCAAACAUAAUCGCGGCCUCACGGAGCUCGACGUCAGCUACAACCGCAUCAACGGCACCGGGGCCGGCCACAUAGCGCUCGGCCUGCAGACCAACGACGUGCUCAAAGUGCUCAAGAUCGGCUACAACCCCGUGGGGGAGGACGGCUGUUUGGCACUUAUCAUCGCUAUCUCCAAGAACGACCAGAGCUGCAUGACCCGCCUUGACCUCUCGGACGUGUUCGUCACACCUGAUUUCCGUGACAUCCAGAAGAAGUUGGAGGCGGAACGAGUCUUAACAGUGCUACACGCAGGCCUCGUGAACGACCACGAGAUGACCGAGAAUGGAACAAUAUUGGAGACGUUCCGACGCAACCCGUACGAGAAGCUGAAGAAGCACAUCCGGUCGUCUGGUUACCGGCUCAUCGACCUGUUCAAGGACUUCGACAAGGACGGUAGCAACACGAUCACCAAGGAGGAAUUUACAAGGGGCCUACAGCUGGCGGAGGUGAAGAUCACUCCCAGUGAGAUCAACCAGCUGAUAGGCCUCCUGGACCUCAACGGGGACGGCAUGGUGGACUACAGCGAAUUGGUAUUUGGCGACAAGGAGUACCGGAAGUUCCUGAAGGCGGGGGAGCAGGCCCCAGAUGACCGAAAGAUACAACAAGACCACAACCGGCUCUCCCAGAAGCGGUCAGAUCUGGUGGAGAGCAUGCUCAGUUCGGCGCAAUGACAUGGGCUUCCUGGAGGUGCGCGCUAUGUAGGAAAUGGACAUGCACAAACACUAGCAAAGUUUAUCGAAGUGCUAAUCGUAAUUAUUUUCAUGUUUAAUAUUUUAAUUACUAACAACCACCAUGUUGACUACAUAAGGCUAUUGGAGAGACGUAUCUUUAUAUGUUUGGUGCUCGCCAAAACAGUACCUCAGUCGUAUAACAUACGUGCUUAUCGGGACGAGUAGCUUUGAUCAAGGCAUUAUUCUUAAGUGUUAAUUCGGCUGGUGUGGCAUAUUUAUUGCCGAAAAGUAUUAAUAAAUGUGUCAGUAGUACAAAUGUUCCUUCUCUCUGUAACAGGCCUGGGUGUAUCUGUACAUUCAGACUAUGAUGACCGCUGUCGUAGUUCAAACGUGUUUUGUUUUGUUUUAUCAUCAUAAAUAUUAUUACCGGUAUUUCAUUGCAAUAGUGUAUUAUUUGUAUAAAUAAAACAUGAAAAUAUUACACAUAUAAAUAAAAGUUCAUUAAUGUUGCACAUUUUAGUAUUUGUCAAUGAAGAAACUUGCAACAUAAACGAAUUUUAAAUUGUAUUUAAUAUGUGAAUGCUUGUUUACUUAAUCAUGUUUUAUUACUGUAUACAAUAAACAUAGCUGUUAUCGGUA